GCCAAGAUGGCGCCGCGCGCAGGUGCCGCUCCCAUUCCGGAGCCGCGCAGCGAGGCGCCACGAGCGUCUCCAGAGGUCGGCUCAGCGAGACGGAACUGUCCGGGUUUCAGCCCUUAGCACAGCUGGCUCUGAGAGGAAAGCACUGCUUUCCCACGGAGGCAGGCCCACGAGCGCUGGCGCUCCCGAGAAGUACGGUGUGCAGUGCGGGCCGGGGAGGGUGGUGCUCGUCCACGGGAAACAGACCUCUGGAAAGACCCGCCCGCCGCGGAGUGCGCAGGCGCGCCGGUCCGCCGCCCCAGCGCCCUCCGGACCGCUCUUUCCCCGGGAAGCUGCCUCAGAAGCUUAUAAACAAAUAAGGAUCAAGAUGAAAGACUUGUGAGUUAAGUCUCUUCUUUGUCUUUAAAUACAGACUGAGAAACACUCCGAAACCCUAGGAAACAGAACAGUUAUUUCUUCUGAGCAGAGAUAUUGAUCCUGCAAAAGUUCUCUUCUAUGUAUGGAACUCAGUUUAAGAGAGUUUGACCUGUAAUUUACCCCUUAUUCAUCAUUUCUUCUUAACCAAGCCACUGUUUAAGAACGAGGUGUUAAGACAAUGAUAUAUUUCAGCUCUACUGUAUAAUCAUCAAGUCCCAGGGUGAUCAUAUAUGAAAAUUUUCCAUCAUAAAUUCACCUUCAUUUUACUUAUCUCAGAAUUAAUGUUGAAAAAAAACUGAAUGAAUUUUAUGAUUGUGGAAAAGCUUUUGUCCUUGCCACAUUUCAGUGGCUACCAGAAGAAAACCUGUGCAUAACGGGAAUGUUGGAAAAUCUUCAGCUUGAACCAGAUCUUCUGCAGGAUGACAUUCAUCCUGGAGAGCAACCUUACAAAUGUAGUAAAAGCAGAGAAACCUUCAGCUUGAAGCAGAACUUUGCAGAGCAUAAGCAAAUGCAUGUUGGGGAAAAAUCACAUGACUGUGCAGAAUGUGGUAAAGUGUUCUCUCGGGUCUCAUCACUUACUCUACAUUUAAGAAGUCAUGCACAGAAGAAAUAUAAAUGUAAGAGAUGUGGAAAAGCCUUCAGCCAGAAGGGCUACUUCCUUUCCCAUCAGAAACAUCAUACUGAAGAGAAGCCUUAUGGAUGUGGGAAAGCUUUCCUUCAGAUGCCAACCAUUAUUAGACAACAGAAAGAUACAGGGAAAAAAACAUAUCCAUGUAAGGAAUGUGGGAAAGCUUUUAAUGGAAAAUCCUAUCUCAAAGAGCAUGAGAAAAUUCAUACUGGAGAGAAGCCAUUUGAAUGUAGUCAGUGUGGAAGAGCCUUCAGCCAGAAGCAGUACCUCAUUAAACAUCAGAACAUCCACAGUGGGAAGAAACCCUUCAAAUGUAAUGAAUGUGGCAAGGCCUUUUGCCAGAAAGAAAACCUCAUUAUCCACCAGAGAAUCCACACUGGAGAGAAACCAUAUGAAUGUAAAGGGUGUGGGAAAGCCUUUGUUCAGAAGUCAAGCCUCAUCAGACACCAGAGAAGUCAUACUGGAGAGAAACCCUAUGUGUGUAAGGAAUGUGGGAAAGCAUUCAGUGGCAAAUCAAAUCUCACUGAGCAUGAGAAAAUCCAUAUUGGAGAGAAACCAUAUAAAUGUAAUGAAUGUGGAACAAUCUUCAGGCAGAAACAAUACCUCAUUAAACAUCACAAUAUUCAUACAGGAGAGAAACCCUAUGAGUGUAAUAAAUGUGGAAAAGCAUUUUCACGGAUCACAUCACUGAUUGUACAUGUGAGAAUUCAUACAGGUGAUAAACCUUAUGAAUGUAAAGUAUGUGGGAAAGCCUUCUGUCAAAGCUCAUCUCUCACAGUGCAUAUGAGAAGCCAUACAGGUGAGAAGCCCUAUGGCUGUAAUGAGUGUAGCAAAGCCUUUUCUCAGUUUUCAACUCUUGCUUUACACAUGAGAAUACAUACUGGUGAAAAACCUUAUCAAUGCAGUGAGUGUGGGAAGUCUUUCAGCCAGAAGUCGCAUUAUAUCAGACACCAGAGAAUUCAUACUCAUUUAAGCUCUACAGAUUCCUAAUGUGGAAAUUUCUUUUAUGUCUAUGGCCAUACCAACCUGAACACACCCAAUCUUUUCUGAUAUUGGAAUCUAAGCAGGGUCAGGCCUGAUUAGUGCUUGGAUGGUCUGAAAUUUCUUUUAUGCUAAAACUACACCAGUGUGGGAAAUCCAGUAGCAACUCAAGACUAAUCAUAGUAUUGUAAAAGUAUACACUCCAACACUCCCACAGCAAAAUCAUUUAUGCGGGAACAUUCUCGUUAAAGUUAAAAGUUACAGGGCUGGAGGGAUGGCUUUGUGGUUAAGAUGCUUGCCUGCAAAGCCACAGGACUUGAGUUUGAUUCCCCAGGACCCAUGUAAGCCACAUGCCCAAGGUGGCACAUGCAUCAGGAGUGAGUUUGCAGUGGCUUGAGGCCCUGGCAUGCCAUUCUCUGUCUAUCUCAAAUAAAUAAAAAUAACAAUAAAAAAUACCAAGUUAUAAACACUAAUUAGUAAGUUUCUGAAAAGCCUAUAGAUUUGUUAAGAGUAUGAGACACAAAGGUUAGAAAUUAAGAAGCAGAAAUUUUUUUGUUAAAGUUUUUGCUAUGUGCAUAAUUUGUAAAAGUAUGAUCCAAAAAUCUGUGUGUGUCUCACCAUGUACUGCAGAUUAGUCUCAAAGUCCUGGUGAUCUGCUUUCUCAACCUCCCAAUGUUGAGAUUACAGGCAUGCAUCAUCAUUUCCAGAUCAAAAGUCUUUAUUGCUUGAUAUAGUUGUAGAAAAUUGAGAUUGGGACAGAAUGUCAAAUAUAUAAAUAUAUUUACAAAUUUAUGGAGACUUGGUAAUUCUUUUGAUAAUACUGAUUGGUAGGAAAUCUUGAGUGACUUCUAAAAUAUUCUUAGAGUAAAUGACUUGAUUAUUGUUUAUUGCAUGUCCUUCAUCUAGUAAAGUCCCCUCCUGCUCUGUCCUAUUCUGCUUUUGCCAUCCCACCUAAAUGACUCCACAUGGAAAAGGCCUCUGCCUUCUUGCUUUAAAUAAUUAUGCAUUCCAAAUGUCUUUCCAAAAAUUUCAGCUUGAUAUACAACUUUUUUGGAACAUUUUUUAAAGCCUUGGGCAAGAAAGAAUUUCAAGAUUCCAUGAUAUUCAACUAUUAGUUCUUUUGUAUUUUUUUAUGAGAGAGAUUGAGAUUAAGAAUUGGAGUGCUAGGGCUUGUAGCCACUGCAGUCAAACUCCACAUGCAUGGACCAUCUUGUGCGCACGUGCGGCGUUGUGUGCUUGUAUCACCUUGCGCAUUUGGCUUAUGUGGGAUCUGGAGAGUCGAACAUGAGUCCUUAGGCUUCACAGGCAAGCAUCUUAACUGCUAAGUCAUUUCUCCAGCCCUCAACUAUUACUUUGGAGUAUUUAUACAUAUACCUAGGAUGAUGACACACUUUGACAGGGCAUCAUGUACCAGUCUGUUGCACAUGAAUUAUGAUAGCCCCAAACAAGGCACAUGUUGUUUGUGAAACAAGUGAAUAAGAUGUAAUAGUUGUACAGUAGAAUAUUCUUUAGUAGCUCACUAGGACAAAUGGUAUGUUCAUAGAACAAGAAUGAAAAGCAGUGUACAGUGAGAAAACUGAAGUGAUGAAUGUGCUGUAAUGAUACCUUUGUGAAUUUGAAUAAAAUAAAUCCUAGCCAACUCUGAUACUAAGCAUUGGUUAUGGAAAAAAAACACCACUUUUCUCUUGAAGUAUAAAUAAUAAAUCAGAAGGACAUAUGCCCAGUUCAUUAACUUGCUGCUGUGAACAAGAAGGAAAAAUGUGACUGUACAGGGCAGCUAAGGACACUUUCUGUUUAUAUGCAAGAAUCUCUUUCCUUAAAAAGAAAUUUCAGGGUUGGAGAGAUGGCUUAGCGGUUAAGGUGCUUGCCUGCAAAGCCUUCUACUUUCCAGGUCCCACAUUAGCCAGACACACCAAGGUGAGCCAAGCACAAGGUUGUAUAUGCCCACUGGGUGUUGAAAGAGUAGAGUUCAGUUUCAUUGAUUGGGGUCCUGGUGCACCAAUUCUCUGUCUCUAAAAAUAAAAAAUUUUAAAAAAACAUAGAAGAGAUUUCAAGGAAAUGUACUAAUUGUUCAUUCUUGGUUGUGGGAAUAUACAUUGUGUUGUUUUCUUAAGAAGAUAGAUGAGGGGUAAGGAAUCUAUACAUAAGGCAAACACACAUUCCAAGGCUACUAGAGGCUACCUGAAACCCUGUAUUGUACUUACAUCUACAUUAGGGUUUUCUUGUACAUAUAUACCUAAAAUAAAGUUCAGUUUAUACCUUAGUAACCAUAAGUUAUUAGCAAUAAUUUACUACAUGGUUGAGUAAACUCAGCAUAUGAUUUUACCUUGAGAAAAAAUGCAUUGUUUUUGCAUAUGCGACUUUUCAGCAUCUCCACACUUGUGGGGCUGUUAUUAAGUAAAAUAAGCAUUUCUGUGUAUCUUCUGCCCUCUUAUUGGGCCCAAACCAAUACAGCUUGAAGAAGUCCUUUCUUUUUCAGUCUUUCCUCUUCUGUUGUGGAGUUUGUCCUUUUUUAGAGCCUAGAUUCCCCAGUUUGAACCACUGUGCUAGGGUUAACUCUGUCAUAUGUCUCAGGUGGAUGGUAACUCCUAUUCAGAGAAAGACUAAUAUACAAUCAACCUCAAAUCGCAGCACAGUAUGUAACCCAACAUGAUACAAAAUUACUAUUUCCUGCUUUCAUUCAUAUCCUGUAUAGGAAUUUCCAUAGUUUUCCUUAGGAUUGGGGGGUGGGGAGGAACCUAAUUGGUAUGAUCUAGAAGAAUGAGAAGUCCUCUUCCCCACUGUUUAAAAUAUGGAAAUUGAAUAUCUGGCUCACAGGGAGCCACACUAUAGAUGAAAGGUUUCUAGUAGUCACAGAAGGAAAGGUAGGAGUUAGCAUCGUUAGUAUGUAAGAGCUGAGGGGGACAUGGGCUUUUCUUGCUAUAUUCAAACUACCAUUCCAGUUGUCAUGUCCAUCUUCAUUCACUCAGCCCCCUCGGGUGGUUUUGGAUGAAUAAACUAAAGGAGAAGUAAAGUA